CUCUCUCUCUCUCUCUCUCUCUCUCUCUCUAACCAAACAAAAAACCUUCAAAUUCUUUAUUAAAAAAAACAGAGCGAACCUCGUUCUUAGUCCCCUGUAAAACCCAAGAAAUGGAGAGUUUAUUCCGUCUGAUGAAUCAUGAGGAUUCCACUUCUCGACGGUGCAUUUGGGUCAAUGGACCGGUUAUCGUCGGAGCCGGACCGGCCGGUUUAGCGACGGCGGCGUGUCUCCGCGACCAGAACGUCCCUUUCGUCGUUCUCGAGAGAGCAGAGUGCAUUGCCUCUCUCUGGCAGAAACGCACUUACGACAGGCUCAAGCUUCAUCUCCCCAAGCGGUUCUGUCAAUUACCCAAAAUGCCCUUCCCCGAGGAUUUCCCAGAGUACCUCACCAAGCGCCAGUUCAUCCAGUACCUUGAGUCCUACGCAAAGCACUUCGAUAUCAACCCUAAAUUCAACGAACGUGUUCGGUCCGCCAUGUACGACGAGACCAGCGGCUUGUGGCGGGUCAAGACCGAGUCGACCAGUGACGAGGUCGAAUACAUUUGCCGGUGGCUCGUGGUCGACCAUGACUGAUCUUUUUGUGUGAUGCCACAGAUCGAUGGAUUGAACGAAUUCUCCGGCGAGGUCAUUCACGCCUGCGAUUACAAGUCCGGCGAGAAGUUCGCCGGAAAGAAAGUGCUCGUCGUGGGUUGUGGAAACUCCGGCAUGGAAGUGUCUCUCGACCUUGCUAACCACCUUGCUGUGCCUUCCAUGGUUGUUCGCAGCUCGGUCCACGUGUUGCCGAGAGAGAUCAUGGGGAAAUCGACGUUCGAGAUUGCGGUGGCGAUGAUGAAAUGGCUUCCUGUGUGGCUUGUCGACAAGAUACUGUUAAUCUUGGCAUGGUUCGUGCUCGGGAACAUCGAGAAGUACGGUCUGAAAAGGCCGAGAACUGGUCCGAUGGAGCUCAAGAACGCGGAAGGCAAGACUCCAGUGCUCGACAUCGGAGCUGUGGAGAAGAUCAGAUCAAGGGAGAUCAAUGUGGUUCCAGGGAUCAAACGAUUCAACGGUAACCGAGUCGAGCUUGUCAACGGAGACAAUCUCGACGUCGACUCGGUGGUUCUCGCCACUGGGUACAGCAGCAACGUCCCUUCUUGGCUUCAGGAGAGGGCGUUAUUUUCAAAGAGAGGUUAUCCCAAAACGCCGUAUCCGAACAGCUGGAAGGGGGAAUCGGGAUUGUACGCGGUGGGGUUCACGAGGAGAGGGCUCUCAGGCGCGUCUGUGGACGCUGUCAGAAUCGCUCAAGACAUAAGCUCUGUCUGGAAACUGGAGACCAAACAGCCCCUGAAACGCACCGCGGCUUGUCAUCGCCCAUGCAUUUCUCAGCUCCUUUAAUCUUCACACGUGUAUAUAUAUAUAUGUAGAUACAUAUUGAAGAACACACAAAUAUGCAGUAGAAGAAGAGAUAUUAGGAUAUAAUAGAAAGAUAUUUGUUCGUAUUCAGUUUGA